UAACAUGUCAAUCUCAUUAAUUGGUUCAUUAUUCCGAAGACCAGCCUCUAUUGGUGGAUUACACGGAUUGAAUUUUUUAAAGAAUGUCUCACCAGCAUUGACAUGCACUGUUCAGCACACAAGUAGAUUCUAUUCGACAGAAAGUAUUGAAACAUCCGAUGAACUCCUGUGGAGACCAAAAAAGAGAAUCUCUCGGGAGACAAUGGAGAAGAUUAGAAGCCUUGCAUCCUCUAAUCCAGGUCAAUAUACUACAAUGAGCAUAUCAACAGAAUUCAAAAUCUCUCCCGAGGCUGUGAAGCGAAUUCUGAAAUCUAGAUUUACACCUUCUGACGAAGAGGCCAAGCGCCAGGAAAACAAUCGUUACAAGGCCAUGGGAGAACGCCGAAAGCAACUCAAAGAUAUAUACGGUGAACCUGACCCUAGGGAAAGACAAGAAAGAAUUGCUAAAAGCCGUCAAACACAAGAAAAUGAAACUUUUGGUGGAUAUGACAUUAAUGGGCGACCGGUACAAGCAAAGAGAUUCACGAAUAGUAAUUACUCGAGAGAAUCUAGUCUGGGUCAAUUAAAAAAGACUGACUGGAGUAGGGACCGUCUGCCUAGACAGGAUAAUGAGGAUCGUGGCGGUCGUGGUGGGGGCGAGAGAUAUGGUCAGAUGUCUCGGGAGAGGAGUGGUAGUGCAUUUGAAGGUCGAAGAGAUUUUGGAGACCGUAAGCCUGCAAGAGGAGGAUCAUAUGAGAAUAGCAGCAGAUCAGCUAUGAACUGGAAAAAUGAAAAAUUUGGUCAGACCAAUAACGACCGCGAGGGUAGAUCUCGUGAAGGAUAUAACACAAGGCCGUCUUCUUUUGGAGACAGAUCGGGCAAGACCAGCUGGGGAAAUGACCGGUUUGGACAAAGAUCCGAAGAAGGAAAUGGUCAGUUCUCAGCCAAGCCUAGAUUCGAUAAAGACAGACCUCGCUAUGAAAGUAAACCCAGAUUCGAAGACAAACCUGGCUACGAAGACAAACCCAGAUUUGAAGGCAAGUCUAGAUUCAAUGAAGACAGACCUCGCUACGAAGACAAACCCAGGUUCGAAGGCAAGCCUAGAUUCAAUGAAGCCAAACCUCAUUUUAAAAAGGGGGGAGGUUAUAAAGAGAACCCUCGCUUUGCGCGCAAAAGAGGUUCUAAAUCUGAUGAAUAGAUGUGUAAUUAUUUCAUUAUAAUAAAGCGCACAUAUUGCUUUAAGAUUCAAACAACAACAACAAGAGCAACAAGAGCAACAAGAGCAAAAGCAACAUAAUAGUAAUAAUAAAACAAUUGUAUAAUU